GACAAUAAUGAAAGGUUGUCAUUUGUUUUGCAUUUUUCUGCAAUACUUCCAUUAAUCGUAUAUCCUUGAUUAAAAUAAGACCUGGUUCCCUUUUGCUUUUCUCUCUCUCCUUCUCUGUGAAGAGUGCAAUAAAUUAUGUCCACGGUAGGUGGCGCUCUGAGACAACCCCCGACACCUCCGGCAGCUCUGUGGCAGGGGAGGGGAGAGACAGAGGGAGAGGCGACCUCUCUGACGCUCCAAAGUUCCAUAUCUUCUUCCGCCCUGAGAACGGCACAGCCCAUCCCGUCAUCAUUAGUAACCAUAGAGCAUGAAUUACCUCUCCAAAGUCAUCGGCGAGAAUUUACGACUGGUCAACAAAAGCACGUGAUUCCUCCCAGAACGCCCCCUCCCCCUUUUUUCUGUCUCUCUCUCCUCCUUUCACCCUCCCCCACCCCUCCCCUCCACCUCGCACCACACACCGCCACCCCACCCCCGUAUUUGGAAGGCGCAUACAUAGCUAAAAACGAAGUACAGUGCAACGCCAUAAUUCACUAAUACAUCAUAAAUCGUUGAAAGUACCCGCGUUAUAACGACCAAGAGAAAUCUAACAAAUCAAGCACCCUUAGUACUCUACUGUAAGUCUGCAACUCUCUAAAACAAUCUAAAUGAGCUCUUACUUUGUAAACUCGUUCUCGGGGCGCUACCCAAAUGGCCCCGACUAUCAACUGCUAAAUUAUGGAACCAACAGCGGUGCAAUGAACGGCGGACCGUACAGGGACUCUUCAGCCGCCACCAUGCACCAUGCGACGGGCUCGUACGGCUACGGCUACAAUGGCAUAGACUUGACAGUAAAUAACCGUGGAGCGGGUAACAAUAACGUUGCUGCUACAGGAGGACAUUUCGGGGCUGGUUCGGUCGUCGGGGAUUCCCGAGGCUUUGGCUCCCCGACGCUGGAGAGAAACUUCCGACAGUCGACCAGCUGCUCCCUGGUCUCUGCGGCAGAUUCACUACUGUCGCCCGGCGGUGGGGACUCUAGCCUGGGAGUCAAGAGUUCAUCUCCCCGCUCAGAACAACAAGGAAGCGGUAAUCUCAGUUCUCCUAACCUCUCGUCCCCCAACAUAGCACAGCGGUUCAGCGAGCUGGACGACGCAUCGUCGGAGACCGAGGACGCACAGCAAAAUAGGGCAGGCGGCAACAGCAGCAACAACCCGGCGUCUAGGACUGUUCACGCACAAGCCGGACAAAAGCACGAGGGUCAUUUGGCAGGAUCAGCCGCAGCGACCACCAACAACACGGGGAUGACAGGCAACGACGCACAGUCACCGCAGAUCUUUCCCUGGAUGAGGAAACUGCAUAUUAGCCAUGAUAUGACGGGACCCGACGGAAAACGAGCGCGGACGGCGUAUACCCGUUAUCAGACGCUCGAGCUGGAGAAAGAGUUCCAUUUCAACCGGUACCUCACGCGUCGGCGGAGGAUAGAGAUAGCCCACGCGCUUUGCCUAUCUGAGCGACAGAUCAAAAUCUGGUUCCAGAACAGGAGGAUGAAGUGGAAGAAAGAUAACAAACUCAAAAGCAUGAGCAUUGCAGCAGCUGGAAGUGCAUUCCAGCCAUGAAACAUCUCUAAACGGGUCUUAGUUGAAAACAACAACAAAAAAUAGAAUGGGCCUACCCUAAAUAUGAAGAAAAACAAUAGAAGCAAAAGGGGGGGAAAAGCCGAUAUGAUUCAACAGAUUCCAUUUCUAAUUUUUUUUUACUAUUAUCAUCAGAGUACUGUACAGCAGCGCAGCACUUUUAUUUGUUUAGCAUGUUGGUCGUUGUCGUUUCUUACUGUGGUACUUGCUUCUGUAACUUCAAGUUGUUGUUACUAUACAUGAUGUCGUCGUUGAUAAACUGAACACGUGAAAAAUGCUACCUAUUUGAUGCUACCUGUUGUUUAUUGUUAACAGUUCAUGAAAUGGCUCAUCUGUUAUAUUUUGAGUAAAAAAAAAGCUUUUUACAGAGUUGGGAUCUAAGCUCGUAUAGCUCGUAAAUUGUAACUUAUUUGCUGAUAAAUACGCGUGUAGUUUUAGUUUGUAUAGUUUAGAAACCUCUCGUUCUAGCUCUCUCUGACUGUGUUUCUUUCUUCUCUCUCUCUCUCUCUCUCUCUCUCUCUCUCUCUCUCUCUCUCUCUCUCUCUCUCUCUCUCUCUCUCUCUCUCUCUCUCUCUCUCUCUCUCUCUCUCUCUCUCUCUCUCUCUCUCUCUCUCUCUCUCUCUAUAUCUCUCUGUCUCUCUUUCUUUCUAUCUCUCCUCCCCCCUCCCUCCUAAAAAUAUAAGUAGGCUAGUUUUUUAGACCUGGUCAUAUUUCCAGGGACUCCCGGUGUUGGCCACGUGAUCACCUUCCAUGCUAUAAUAAUGUUAGUGUCAUGUAAACCUCGCUAUCUUUAGAGAAAGAAGUUUGUGUGAACUAUUGCAGUACUAGUAUCAACACAAUAUGUGUUCAGAUAUUGAAACGUGUAUUAUAUAUUAUUAUUAAUGUAAUUAUUGGAUCACGUAUAUGUUCCAGAGAGGAUGUACAUAUAUCAUAUUUGACUUUUUAAAUGUGACCAAUCGGCUAUUUGUUUUUCAGUUGUUUAUGUGUGUGUGUGUGUGUGUGUGUGUGUGUGUGUGUGUGUGUGUGUGUGUGUGUGUGUGUGUGUGUGUGUGUGUGUGUGUGUGUGUGUGUGUGUGCGUGUGUGUGUGUGUGUGUGUGUGUGUGAACAUUAUAAUACCAGUAGAAAACAGCAAAUGUCGCGUGAAGCCUGCCUGUCUUUUACCAAUUCGCUUUUUGUAUUUGUUUGUAACUUUUCAUGGAGCAAAAAUAAAUUCCGUCAUACUCUCA